AUGUCCAUUUUCUCCAGACGAAGCAACUUAGCCAACAACAAGGAUAACAAGGUCUCUUCCAGCGCCUCCUCGAUAAUGAGCACAUCCUCCGUCUCCAGCAUAGCUGCACUCAAGGCAGCCUUGCGUCGCCAGCGAGAAAACAACUCCGAGCUCUCGAAGAAGGCAGCCAGAAAGCAAAUAACUUGCAUAUCACCAACCACUUCUGAAGCAGCCCGAGCUAGUUACUUUGCUCAUCGGGCCGGAUAUAAGAGUGUGAGGGAUCAACUGAGUAUUAUGGCAAGGGAUGCAGAAGCGUUGUUCAAAGAGCGCUGGGAGGAAGAGAAACAUAAGAGAGGCGCAGCGGUGGAAGCUGAGACUGGGAAAGGCAAGAAACCUAAGCUCUAA